GUGUGCGCGCGUGUGUAUGAACCUGUCUGUCUGUCCUUCAGACCGUCUCCAGCUCGUAUCAGGAGUAAGCGGUGGACAUGGGAGACACGCGCGCGCUGGUCCUGCUGUUCGCCGCUGUCGGGUUAUGCCACUGCAGGUCGGUGACGGUGUCUAAGGGCCCUUUGCUCCGGGUCGAGGGCCAGCCGUUGUCUAUUCGCUGUAAUGUUUCGGACUACGAGGGCCCGAGGGAGCAGAACUUCGACUGGACAGUAACGCGAGGGACAGAAUUCAUCAAAGUGAUCUCAACGUUUGACCAAAAAUUCUCAGAUCGCUCUCUUCAGGACCGCAUAAAGAGCGGCGACAUCAGUGUGUUACAACUAGCGGACAACGCAGCGGAACUGAGGAUUGAAGAAGCUCGCGUUAGUGACAGCGCCACCUACCAGUGCAGUACUCCCAGCACUGACUCCAUCAUAAGUGGAAACUAUAAUGCAAAUGUCCAGCUGCUAGUUGUUCCUAACAGUCUCAUCGUGGCUCCCGACACCCCGAACGCUGUGGUUCCCGAGGGCGGAUCCAUUAGACUGCUGUGCAACGUCUCCCGCAGCUUCAUGGAAGGGAUUUACCUGUCCUUAACCUGGUCGGUCCAGAAGGGCUCGUCUCUGCUCGAGGACAUGCUGACCUUUGGUCCAGAUUUGGGUGUGACGGUUGGCGACGGGUUCACGGGACGCUACACAGAUGGCGGGAUGCGUCUAGAAAUGGGAAACACAGUCUCACACAGUCUCGUGCUCUCCGGAGCGAGGCCGGAAGAUGGAGGGAUGUACGUGUGCACAGCCAGACUGUGGACGAGAGAGCAGGGAGUCUGGAACAGGAUUCAGGAGAAGGCGAUGGAGAUGGGCGGAGUGACUGUCACCCCCACAGCGAACUCCCUGGCGGUGUGGGUUCAGGACGACAGCACUCUGCCCGCGGGAGAGCCGCUGCUGCUCACCUGUGCGGCGUCUGUGGACGGCGAGCUCUCCGUGGAGCUGGAGGUGACGUGGAUGCUGAACACCAGCCGCACGCUGGCACACCUGAGCCGGGACGGCCUGAGGAACGUCUCGUCCGAGCUCGUGGACGUCAGGCGCCUGGGGAAGUGGGACUUCCAGAUGAAGGUCGACGGCGUGGAGAUGUCGGACGCAGGACUCUACUCCUGUAAAGUGAGCGUGUGGCUUCAGCAGACGAGCGGACGAUGGUACAAGGCCGCCGAGAAGAUUUCUGACCCCGUACGAGUUCACGUCAUCAAGCAGAAUCCAGACUACACCGUUGUGCUAAACUCAUCUGUGAACGCAAAGUUCUUCGGCGACCCGACGGAGCUGGAAUGCAAAGUUACAAACGUGUCCAAUCUUCGUAGCGGACGACUGGGAGUGUCGUGGCUUUACAGAGACGCUGUUCCCGGUGUCGCUCCAGUAUCUACUCACACCAUCGCGUCGUUGGAUGAGAACGGGACCCUCGUGCCAGGCAAGAUGUACAAGAGUCGCAUGGAGGCGGGGCUUAUUACAGCGACCAGGGCGGAGCCUUCCACAUUUAAGCUCCGCCUCCUUCACACGACGGACGCCGACGCUGGAGAAUAUACGUGUGGCGUAACGGCGUGGAUCCCGACUCGUCACGGGAACUGGAAAAAGGUCGUGGAGCAUUUGACCCCUGCUCUUAAAGUCAGCUUUGCUAACAAGCGUCCUGUUCUCGGGGUCGUAGCCCGUCGUCUCCGUGAAGCUACGGCCACUGGCUCCACGUUUGAGAUGAGCUGCCAGGCUAAUGUUCAAAACCUCCCGCCGGGAACCACGUUCUCCAUCCUGGUCCUGUCCGAGGAGGCCGUCGGGUCUCCCAGCCGCAAGCUGGCCUCGCUGGGCCCGGAGACGGUCCUCCAGCUGGAAGACCGGCGGGACGGCCUGAUGCUGGUGAAGACCGGGAAGAGGGACUUUCAGUUUCGGAUCCAGCCGGUCCAGGAGAGCGAUCGCGGCUUCUACUCCUGCGAAAUCAAAGCCUGGACGAAGCAGGCCGGGGACGACUGGGGCGAGAUGGCCAAAGGAGUGUCCAAUAAGGUUCAGGUCGCUUUCGCUCACAAAGGUCCCACGUUUGAUGUGUCCAUCAGUUCAGACACCACGAGUGUUUUCCCCUGGGAAACGGCUAAGAUGGUGUGUGACGUCAGUGUGAGCGGCACGUCUCCCAGUACAGAUGAUGUAGUGUACGAGAUGAAGUGGUUCCUGGGUCGUCUGAGGGGUUCCAGCAGCCAGACCCUGUUAGCCAGCAUGGACCGCUGGGGCGUCGUGCGCAAAAGCCCUCGCAACGACAGCAGCGACUGCAGCCUGGAGCGCCUGGGACACAGAAGAUUCGCCAUGAACGUCCACAGCACACAGGACAGUGACGCCGGAGACUAUCACUGCACCGUCACACCCUGGAUCCGCUCACCCGCCACCGGGAUCUGGAGCAAAGAGCCGGACGUCUCCUCGCAGAGAGUGUUCCUCAACGUGAAGUUCGCAUUGUGGGACUCGAUGAAGCUGCCUUUGCUGUAUGGGAUCUGUGCGUCAGUAACUGUGGGUGUCUUCUCUCUGGUCCUGGGCCUGGUCUGCGCUCACUGCUGCUGUAAAACAGCUACAGCUACUCCACGCUCUCGCAACAAACUCAUGGAGCUGGAGAUGGAUUGACAAAGACAGUACAGUUGUCCUCUUCCGUCCUGGACGGCUUGGUGACAACUGAUAAACGCUGGGACACAUCCCGUCACAUUAUGCAUCGCCUGGAGGGAGAAACUAUAACUACUGAAUCCGAGUCGACGACCAUGGCGAAUUACUCAAAUAUUGCACUAAACACAUUCUUAUAUCAGCCGGGAACACUUUUGUUGGAUUUAUCAACAGUCUGCAUUGAAACAAGAAGUGUUAAAGAAGACUUUUUUACACUCUGAGGACAUACCUGCCAAGAUCCGAGCAGAUUUUGACAAAUUGAAGGAUUAUAUUACACUACAUCAAGCUCCAAAGAGACUGUUUGCUUCCAGAUCAGGGUUUAAAGAUACUAGUUUAUACCAUGAUUCUUCUGAAUAUGGUGCUACUCUCCUUCGGCAAGGCGUGGGAGGAGCUGAACCCAUGUCACAAUGGGAAAGACGAUCUUUUAUCUGUGAUUUUGUGACGUUGUUCAUUGUCGUACUGUGUGCAUCAUUCAGCUUUGAUUACAACCCAUCCAGCGUUGACCAGUUCUGACCAAACCAUCCCUCUAACUAGCCAAACAUGAUCAACUGGUUAACUGUAAUGCCAUAGGGGUGGCCACACUACAUUUUAAGACCUGAAAGAAUUCGAUUUAUUGAAAGAGAAGUAUUUUUUUAGAUACAGGAUGAAUUCACAAUGUUUAAAUAUACCUUUUCGCCUGUUUCCAGUGACAACACAACCCAUCUGUUAAGCUAGCUAGCUAGCAACACUCUAGCAACCAUCUAGAGCACCUUAGUAACUGUUUAGUAACACCUAAGGAACUGAUUAGCAACUCUGCAGUGAACACUAAAAAAAUGCUACCUAGCAACAGCCUAGAAAACACCCAAAGGAUCAUGACAUCUGCAUAGAAACGCCCUACACUGUAAAAAAAAAAUAUUGAUGGUUUAACUUAAAAAAGUAAGUAACCUGGUUGCCUUAAUUUUAAGUUCA